GUAUUUCAAGCGCUAGAGGUUCUAGCCACAUGGUGGGAGAUGCGCGAACGAGUUGCACGAAUGCAAGCUAAUCGUGAACAGAGCACGCAUCGUGCAUUCGCGCAUUUGUGCCAUUAGUUAUUAGCUUCACCAGUUCACCACAUCAGAGACGUCUUUAGUCGUGGUUAUUAGUUAUUACCUAAAUAGUAAAUACCUAAUAUAGGAAUGAUGAUCAUGGUUUAUAGGUAAAUCAUGAUAAAUAAGUCAUCUUUGAACUUAAUAUAUUUUUUUUAAAUAUGAAUGUUGGUUAUCGAUCUAUCAUAGACUCCUUGAAAACGAUUUCCAAAAAUUAUUGUACUCAUAGUGAGCAAUAUUAUGCUAAACAAAUAAAAAAUGCGACUGUUGUAUGUACAAACCAUUUGACUCCAGAAAUAAAAUUGCAUUUAAUUACUGAACAAUGUAAAUUGUGGCAUUCACCUGCCAAUGAAUGUGAGUUUAAUGAUCCAUUCUGGGCAUUUUAUUGGCCUGGUGGUCAAGCUAUUUCCAGGUUUAUACUAGAUAACAGCAAGUAUGUGAACAACAAAACGGUUUUGGAUAUCGGUAGUGGUAGUGCUGCAUGCAGUCUUGCAUCAGCUAUAGCGGGUGCCAGUCAAGUUACGGCUAAUGACAUAGAUCCUGUUGCAUGUGUAGCAGCAAAACUGAAUGCUCAGUUAAACAACAUCAACAUUGAUGUACUGUCUAAGAAUAUUUUGUUGAAUGAUUGUUCACAAUGGGAAGUCAUCAUAGUUGGAGAUAUGUUUUAUUCAAAAGAUAUGGCUGAUGUACUGUGGAAAUGGCUGGAUUUGCUGUGUAACAAAGGGAAGACUAUACUGAUUGGUGAUCCGGGUAGACAUUGUUUUAAGCCUGAAGAUCAUUUGCAAAAGCGUUUAAAAAAACUUAAAGAAUACAAAUUAACAGAAAAUUGUUGUUUGGAAAAUCGAGGAUUUUCCACUGCCUCUGUUUGGAUUUUAGGAUAAAAUUAUUAGAUGUAUAUUUUUUUUAUAAGAGAAAUAUACAACCUGUAGAAAAUGGCACAGUAA